GAAUAUAGAGGACCUGAACUCAGGCUGUUUGCUCAUGUUUUAUUCUCUCCCUGCAGAUGAAGAUGGGUGGCGUGUGGAACAGAGGGACGGCUCUGAAGCAUCUCUCCAGUGGUCCUCUGAGAGGCAAGAUAUUGCUGUGAUUUCAGAUAGCUACUUUCCUAGGUACUUCGUUGCCCCUGCAAAGUUCUUGGGCAAGCAGAUGUUGAGUUAUGGUCAGAACCUCUCCUUCACCUUUAGAGUGGACAGGCGAGAUACCCGCCUCUCUGCAGAAGACCUUGUGCUUGAGGGAGCUGGCUUAAGAGUAUCUGUGCCUUUGAUCGCUCAGGGCAAUUCCUAUCCAAGUGAGACCACUGUGAAGUAUGUGUUCAGGCUCCAUGAAGCAACAGAUUACCCUUGGAGGCCUACUCUUAACCCUUUUGAAUUUCAGAGACUCCUAAACAAUUUGACCUCUAUCAAGAUCCGUGGGACAUAUAGUGAGAGAA